AUGGACAUUGUUACUGAGGUUAUUGAGGAGCUGGAUGAGCUGCACUACCAGGACACAGAUUCAGAUGUGCCAGAGCAGAGGGACAACAAGUGCAAGGUCAAAUGGACCCACGAGGAGGACGAGCAGCUGAGGACCCUGGUCAGGCAGUUUGGACAGCAAGACUGGAAGUUCCUGGCCAGCCACUUCCCUAACCGCACCGACCAGCAGUGCCAGUACCGGUGGCUGAGGGUCUUGAAUCCAGACCUCGUCAAGGGGCCAUGGACCAAAGAGGAGGAUCAAAAGGUCAUUGAGCUGGUCAAGAAGUACGGCACGAAGCAAUGGACGCUGAUCGCCAAGCACCUGAAGGGCCGGCUGGGGAAGCAGUGCCGUGAGCGCUGGCACAACCACCUCAACCCUGAGGUGAAGAAGUCCUGCUGGACCGAGGAGGAGGACCGCAUCAUCUGUGAGGCCCACAAGGUGCUCGGCAACCGCUGGGCCGAGAUCGCCAAGAUGCUGCCAGGGAGGACAGACAAUGCUGUGAAGAAUCACUGGAACUCCACCAUCAAAAGGAAGGUGGACACGGGUGGCUUCCUUAGUGAGUCAAAAGACUGCAAGCCCCCUGUGUACUUGCUGCUGGAGCUCGAGGACAAGGAUGCUGGCCAGAGCGCCCGCCCUGUGGAGGAGCAGCUGUUCAUGACUUCCUGCCACAGGGUCUCCUGUGGGCUGCAUCUCCCUCACCAGGGCCCUUCCUUGUCCCGUAAUUCUGCAAAGACCUGACACUUGUCUGCCCGCAGGUGAAGGACGACAGAACAAGCUGACGUAGAAAAUGGAGGAUUGGGUUGAAGAGGUCCUACGCCUCCUCUGCCCUUAGCAAUAGCUUCCUUCCUACCUGUCGCCCUUGCCAGGCUUUU